AUGACCACCGUCAAGCCAAUCGUUGAAGAGCGACAACACCAUUCAUGGGGUUUAUUGGUGCAAGGAAGACCUGCUACUCCUUCCGAGGGUAGAGCUCAGCAAUACACUAGGAUUGGAUCGAAGGAUACACAAUCGCUUAUCACUCACAAUAAUGGAACUUGCUUGGAGUUCGGCCCUUGGGACUUGGUUGACGAGUUUGAUGCUACCAAGCCAUUCUAUCAGCAAAUCCUUUUAAUCGAUACCACGAUUAAGGAUAUUCAAUCGGUUCGAAUUCGCCAUAACGAUACUGUUGGUGACGAUGUCGAUGUCUUCAAGGGCUUUCGAACCAUUCCUUACACCGGUGAACGCCACCAACACGUGUACCCAAAUGGCGAGACCUACAAUCAAGUACCAAGCUACUAUGCAAGUGUUGCAAAUACACCUUCAAUGUACUCGACAUCCAACAAAUCAGAUGUCAUGGGAGAGGCACAUCCAGGCCUGUCUUCUGAUACUAGAUUUGGUGUCUUGGUACCGAGCCAAGAUCGUAAUACAGGGCGUGGUGGCAGUUCCCAUCGAGGAGGUUCUGAUCGUGGUAGAGGCAACCAGCAUCAUGGCGAGCGUAGUGGUUACACACAGCAUCUCAAUCGCCGCGGAAGACGUGAUGAGCAAUUUGGUCGUGGCCAGGGACAGGGACGUGGUGAUGGAAAAGGUGAUUGGCGCGGUACCUUUCGUAAUGUUGGACGCGGCGGACGCCACCAUGACAAUGGCAAUCAUCAAGUGUCCUCGCAAGAACAUGAGCCAAUGAAUGAUCACGGAAAUGAGCAAGUUUGGGGAAAGGAUCGUGGCGAGAGUAUUUCCGGCUAUCGUCAAGAGGCUAGACAUAUGUAUGGCAGUUAUAAUGAAACUGAUCGCACCUACCCUACUUUCAACGAAGAUGAUCGUGCUUAUCCAACUUAUGCCGUCUAUAACCAAGCUGAAAAGCAUUACAUGGGACACAGCGGGGAGGAGUUUGCUCAUGCUUCUAUGGCAAGUGGCGCACAAGGUCCUGUCUACCCGGGAUAUGAGGAGCAUUAUCCUGUCGCUCCGCCACCAAAUGCAUUUAUUAUGGGUACCAGCGGACAGGCAAACCCCUACUUUGUCCCAGUUGGCAUCAACGGAGUCCCUUACGCCGCUCCUGUCUUUUACCCAUACUCUCUCAACGCAACCGAUGCUUAUGGCUACGCAGAUAAUCAUCAAAUUCUGUAUUCACCAGAACCAAUUGAGAACCACGUGAGUGGCCGUUCUCAACACUUAAUGCCUCGUCAAGAAGUUGGUGUUGCUGUUCCUAUGGGGCCUGGACACAGUCGUGCAAAUCCACGUCCUCGUGUUGUUUUACCACCAACAACACCUAGAAUACAAAUGAAUGCUAGACAUUCCGCAGGCUCUGAGGGGUACCUGGGUCCUAACGUACAACCGCCAACCCCUUUCGGACCUACGCCAGGCCGUUCUCCAAUGAGAACUACCACGGAUGAAGGCUCGCCACUUAUGCGUCCUCGACGUCAUGCGACUGAUCCCACUCUCUCCUUCACUCCUUUGACCCAUGGCCGCUCAACUUCUGGAUCUGGUACAGACUUACGUCGCUUAGCGACAGGAAAUUCUGGAUUCGCGAUUGCCGAGGCAAGAAGCUCGCCAAGUGCUAGUGCUUUUUCGCCAGAAUCACCACACAACAACAAUCUAAACUCAACAGCUAGAAGCUCCCCUGGCCUUUCAUUCUCUACUCUUGGUGUAGUCGGUCCCAUGGCCAGAACAUCAUCUUCCCAUGAGUUGAAGUAUGUCGGCUACACCAUCCAAGGUAGAUCUGGACCAUCUUCUGGCUCUGUUUCGCGCACGUCGACGCCAAUUGCCAACGCGGGUCGCCGUUGGUUUGAGGCCAGACAAUUCGUCCCAAAUGGCAAUAGGUUGUCCUCUCCUGGUAUUGCAAGCUCCGAACCUGGCAACAGAAUCUGGGCAGAGUCAAGAUCGGAGAGCGGACAGAUGUAA